CAACACGCGAUAGGGUUACUGCGAUUUUCUCAUCAUUUUUGACGAAUUUUACAAGUUUUUAACUUUAUUUUACGACGAUUUCUUAUUUAAAAUACCUGAAUUAGUCCUCCAAGUUAAAAAUUAUUUGAAAUCAUUCACACAUGAAUCAAAGAAAAACAUUUUAUGGCAGCCCUAAGCAUUUAAACGACACGAACACUAAAUUUAGCGUGCUUUUACUUGUGUUUUUAACGUCUCGCCCAACAGUUUAUUAAAAUAAUUUUCCUGAAAGCCAUCCAAAUUUUUUUCCUGUAGUCGUUGUCCAACUACAACGGAUGAAAGAUUCCGUAAUUGACUUGCUAAAAAUGGAGAAGACGAUCGAGGAGUCUUUCGCCGUGCUCAACGAGGAGUCUCGAGACUUGUUUUUGCCGCGAUCAAUUCCCGAACUCUACGAAGUGCCCACGGCGAUGGAGUUUCUGCGAGAUUAUGUCAGCAAAAAUAUUCCGUUGAUCAUUCGCGAGGGAUGCACGUGGCCUUGCAUCACGAAAUGGAGUUCGCAGUAUUUUAGAGAAACGAUGGAGAAUAAACCGGUAAAGGUGGCACUGACGCCAAAUGGUUACGCAGACGGGAUUGCCGAGUACAAGGGAAUCGAGUAUUUUGUCAUGCCGGAAGAGAAGACGAUGACAAUGGGACAAUUUUUGGAUAAUUUGAACGAAAGGAGUAUUCCUGUGAAUUACAUCCAGACACAGAACAACAACCUCAUAAUGGAUUUUGAAGAGCUUUUAGUGGAUAUCGACGAUUCUUUAUUAAAUUUCGCCAAGGAAGCGUUCAACAAAUCACCUGACGCUUGUAAUUUUUGGAUGGGCGAUGAACGGGCAGUGACUUCCAUGCACAAAGAUCCCUACGAAAACAUUUACUUCGUUGUAUCGGGACAUAAGGACUUCAUAUUGAUCCCGCCAACAGACGUUCCGAACGUGCCAAGGAAGAAAUAUCAGUCAGCAGUGUACAAAACGAAUCGAAAUGGCCAAAUGGAGGUUGAACCAAUUUUUGAUGACCACAAGAAGCCAAUUGUCAUUGAAUGGGUCUCAAUAGACCCCUUAAACCCCGAUUUGGAUGAAUAUCCCUCGUAUGACGAAGCAAUCAAAUACGAAGUUCGCUUAAAUGCUGGCGACAUGUUGUACCUGCCAAGUAUGUGGUAUCAUCACGUUCGACAAAGUCACAAAAAUAUCAGUCUCAAUUUCUGGUACGACAUGGACUACGAUGCGAGAUACUGUUACUACAAGAUGGUCGAGAAACUUUGUGGAUAUGGCAGUUAAAAAACAGUCGCUAGUCAGUAAUGUUCGUUUGAAACGAACUUUUAGGUCGUCCGGAAUGUUUUUAUUACGUCAACAAUAAACAAUUUAAUUUAUUCCAAAA